AUGCCAGUUUAUCAUCUUUCAUCCUAUUUAUAUAUUAAUUACUUGGUAAUCAUGGAUUAUUCUCAAGUUUACCACACUCUUCCCACACUGCUUAGACCUUUUGUCGGACACUGGUUUAAAUUGCUUCUGUCUUACCCCUCUCAACCAAUUGUUCGUCACUUCGUUGCCCUUCACAUCACCCAGCUCUUGAUAUCUCUAAUUUCAGAAUAUUUAGAAAGCGGCUUGAAUAAGUAUGGCUUGAACCCAUGGCAAAUCACCCAACUUCAGACUUCCAUAAACGAUUUGAUGCAAUUAUUGGAGUGUGAAAAGAAAAAUUUGAUCUCGACCCCAUUAAGCAUCUCGUUCCUGUCAACUGCAGCCAACCAUUUGAUUGACGUCUCGUCACAACUUGAUGAGUUAUCAAUAAAGUUACAAUCCAGCAGUAUUGAUGACAUCGAAUUGCAAUUCAAAUCGAAUUUUUCUGAUCUUGAGAGACUAGUUGAUGAAGCAUAUCCUACCCCAAGUUCACAGGACAAUCCUGAAACGUCUAUGGACAAUGAAAUCUUCGAAGAAGAUCAAAAGAACCUAACUCCAACAAAACGUAGGUCAGAAAUGAACUCAGCUCACACUAUUUUAUCAAGAAAUAGCCUUGCUUCUUUUGCAGACUCGGCUCCUGAAGAAGGCUUAUCUUCCCUUAGUUUUUCUGCAGAAGAAAUUAUUGAAAAUGAAACCCUCAGCGUAAACUUUUUGGUUGACUUAUCUUUGAAAGCUAUUGAGGAUUCCAUUCAUCUUAUUGAAAAUAAUACUGCCACUAAGAAAACAGCAUCAGAUUUAAUUAAUGCUUCAUACCUUUUGGAAAUUGUUUUGCGUCUAUUUCCUGAUUCUAAAGCUAGUAUAGAUUCCCACAAACCUCCGCAUGAAUUCAAUUUAAGUAACAUAGAAGCCAUUUAUGACAAUGACUAUACAUCAGAAGGGAAAGAAUCAACAGGGUCACAGAAGUUAUUAUCAUCCAAAAGAUUGUUGACUGAUAAGCAAAUCAUCAUAAAGGCUAAAUACUGUAAAAUUGUCGGGGUACAAUUAAUUAAACUCAUCAAGUCUCAUUUUCAAAAACAUGGAAACACCGAUUUCGAUUUCACAAAAGUCCAUAAAUUAAUGUUCAGUGUGAUAAAACUUAAUGAAACAUUUUCAAAAAAGGAAGUUAUGGAUACUAUUGAAUAUGCAUUGAACUGCGAAAGUGAAGUCGAUGAAAACGAUGAAAGCGCAAACAAAUUGACCAAGUUCCCAGAUAUUCCAUUAUCAGUCAAUGAUAAAGAUAAGCAACAAAAAGAAAAUUCGAAUCAAACCUCUAAAGAAAAUUCGCUGGAACCAUCUAACCCGUCAAUUGCUGGCAUAAUUGCCAAAGAAUCGGCCAGAAAUUCGAAAAGGUCUACUCCUCAGCCUGAAUUCACAGUGGAAGAAAUCAUGAAUAAUUCUGAUAUCCUUGAACAAGCCAUGAAGUGUUGCAAAUUUGCAUUAAGUGCUUUGGAGUUUGAAGAUAGUGACACUGCAAUCAAGGAAUUAGAAGAGGCUAUAAAGUUGGUGAAAACUCACAAAGACCAAAAGUCAAAUCAAUCAUAA